AUGACAAUUUAUUGUUAUGAUGAAAAUCUUAAGAAAUCAAAUGAAAGCGUUCUCACAUUCAUUUAUUCAUAUAACUCUCCUGAUAUUACUAUCACAACUCCAAACAAUCAGGAAUUCAAGAAGAAUGAUGGUCGUUCAUUUAACCUCGAAGGAACUAUUACUGAUGAAGACAAAGAUGGUACAAUUAGAAUUUACUACCAAAUUGAUGAGGGAGAAAUUAAUAAUAUAAUAAACAUUACUUUAGAUCAAACAGCCAGCGAAACAUUUGAUAUAAAUAUUACUUUUCCAUCAGAUUUAUCAGAAAGUAACAGUCACACUAUCAAAGUUUGGGCAACAGAUGAAACAGGCAAAAGUUCAGCAACUGCACGUUUAAACUUCUCUUAUACUUUCAACAAUCCUAUAAUUAAUAUUACAAACGAUAUAAAAAAUUCAUAUACGAAGAAUACAGAUGACAACAUCACAAUUAAUGGAACUGUUUCAAACCUUAAUGGUAAAGGCCGAAUUGAUAUCUACUACAUGUUUGACAAUGAAACAAAAAUUAAUAUUACAUCAAUCACAGUCACAAACUCAACAGAAAAUUAUGAAUUUAAUUUCACAGCUCACAUUCCAUCUGAUUUCAAUGAGAGUAAUAAUCAUGCUAUAAAAAUAUGGGCAAAUGAUUAUUUAAAUAAAACAUCAGAAAUAAUCACAAGAAAUUUCUCAUAUGUAUACAAUGAUCCAGUUUUCAAAUUAUACAACUUUACUGAGAAUAAAUUCAUGCGAGGAAGUCCACUUGACAUCAACUUUACAUAUGAACAUCCAGACAAUACUGCUUUAAAGUCACUUAAUAUAUCAUUUGAUGGCAAUCAGAGCAUGAGUUUAAUUAUUAAUAUUUCAGAUAUCACUGAAAAUAUCCCUGAAAAAGUUUCUAAAAGAAUUAAUAUUCCAAAUGAAAUUGCAUUCGGAAAAUAUAAUAUUUAUUUGUAUGGAUGUGAUGUUCAUGGUCAUUGCAGCAUUUCAGACAAAAUCGAAUUCAAAGUCGUUGAAUUUCUAUACAGCUUUCCUAAUCUAACAAUGACAAAAUUUGGAGAUUCAAUAUAUAAACGAAAGGUUUCUAAUACAUUUGAUGUUGAAGGAACUGUUGUUGAUAUGGAUGGAGAAGGAAUUGUUAAUAUUUCAUGCUUCAUUGAUGAUUUGUUAAUUGAUAGUCAGAAAAUAGAGAUUAAAAAUAUCAGUGAGCACAAUUUUUCGUUUAAAUUAAAGUUUCCAGCAAAUCUGAAUGAAUCUUCACAUACUUUUUUCAUCAUUGCAGAAGAUGAGAGUGGUAAGAAAUCAGAGAACUACACAAGCCGAUUUAAUUAUGAAUUCAAUUCUCCUGUUUUAGAAAUCCAAUCAAAAACUAAACAAACAUUAAUAGGAGAUAUGAUCAGUAAUUUCUUUCUCAGAGGAAUUGUACGAGAUGCUGAUGGACAAGGAACGAUUACUAUAAAAUACAUUUUAGAUGAAGAACCACCUGUAAAUUUUGGAUCUGUGACUUUGAGAGAUUCUGUUUCAGCUGAAUUUUAUGAUAAGUUUAAUUUUACAAAAGUCAUUGAAACUGGAACUCAUUCACUUGAUAUUUAUGCUGUUGACGAUGAUGGGAAAGAAUCAAAUCACCAACAAAUGAGAUUCACAUUUCUUUAUAUAACUGAGAAAUUGAUAAUGCGGAAUAAAGCCAAAAGAUGUUAUUCAACACCUAUUUUAUCCCUUAUUCCGAUGUUGCAAUCUAAAAAAUCAUUUUAG